AUGGGCAAGUUGACGAAAUCAUCGGAUUUAACGAAAGUAAUAUUAAUUGGAGAUGUGAACGACAAUUUACUCAACUCAUUAUUGAGGAACGAAAAUUCCAUGUUGCAACAGAAGAAUGAAUUGUUGUUGGACACGAAAUACUACGUGGCCCGCUUGAAGGUAAUAUCGUUGAAGACAGUUGAAAAAAUUAAGGAAUGGAAGCUUUCGACACCAAACGUAAACGUUGGUGCUGUUAUAUACAAUUAUGAUGGGGAAUUCCGUUCCAUUGAGCAAUUGAAACGACAGAUGUCCAUAUGGCGGGCGGAAAUUCAGGUCACUGUUUGUAGGCGUUUGGAACGUUCGGCGGAUUGGUCGGAAAUUUUGUAUCGUUUCUGUGGUGGUGAACAAAUAGAGUUAGUGGAACUUGACCCAGAUGCUGAAACAAUAGAAGAGCUAAAUGAAUGCCGCGAACUUUAUGGAAUACCUCGUAUAUGGCAGAUCUUAGAAGCUGGAAAUUGGAGUAAUAAGAUAAUGAAGGAGAAUCCACUUGUAUCGAAUAAACAACGAGAUUUUGAGAAAGUUGAUCAUAUUAAUAGCUCUGCUAAAGAGUCUGCCGAAGAUUCUUUCGAUGAUGAGGAGUUUGGAUCAGAGGAUUACGAUAUGACGGAUGAAGAUAAAGAAAUGAUACUGAAGCUAUUUGGAGGCCCAAAGGUAUCAUUCGAUAGUUUGAUGAAAGAUGUAGAUAUUCCGGAUCCUGCAGUUACUGAAUAUUUCAGACAGGAAACGGAAAAACUGAGGCGUCAGAACAAAUUAGCUGCUAGCAAGAGGAGAAAAAAGAAAAAAUCAAAAGUUGCGACAACAAAUGAAUUUGGUGAAUUUGUCGGUGCGAGUAGUUCGAAACAGUCAAAUGAUGGAACAAAGCAAAAUUUGAAAAAUGUGAUGGGUUCAACGAAGAACAAACAUAUAGCUGAUGAUGUGAAUGUGAACGAAGAGCAGGAAUUGAGUGGUGGUAAUUGCAAAGAUUAUCCAGAAAAUUCCAAGAAAAAUUCAUAUGAAAUAAGUAGUGUUUCGCGAUCAAUGAUCGAUGGAUUAUUUGACAAAAAUACCGACAAACAGGGCACAAGCUUGGCACGAUCGGCGUUGCUCAAAAUGCCGUUUGGUCCAGAAAGACAGAAUUUGGCAGCUGAUACGAUGGUUGCAGUGAUCAAAUCAAUUGGAGAUAGUGAUCUUUUCAAUAGUUCUUCGGAUGAUGGACCGCAUACCUAG